UGUAGAUAACAUCUGAGAUAGAACUGGAAGAACCUUAUAAAGCAGCCAUGAAGGAAGAGUGGCAACGCAUGAUUGACUACUAUCAGAAACAUUUCAAAAAAAUCCGUUGCCCAGUUACGGCCUCUAAGGAUAAUGUACUUCAUCUAGCUGUAAUCAGCAAAAAAGUGCAACCACUUAAAGAUUUACUUGAAAUCAUGAAGCAAAGAUCUUUACCUGAGGCAUUUCUCAAGAGAAGAAACCAAUUUGGAAAUACGGCUCUUCACGAGGCAACCAUCUAUGGCAAUUUUGAGGCUGUAAGGCUCUUGGUAGAACGUUGUGCAGACCUGCUUUCCAUUGCAAACAACUACGGUGAAACCCCAUUGUUUACAGCUGCUGGAUUUGCUGAGACAGAAAUAGUGCAGUUUUUAAUCCAUUCCAAACCAGAACAAUGCGUGGAUGAUAAUGGCCUGUUAUUAAUUCACCGCAAGAGAAAGGAAGAUGAACUGUCCAUCCUUAGCGCUGCUAUCUUAGGGCGAAAAUUUGAAACAGCUUUUCUGUUGCUACAACUGGAUAAAUCGCUCGCCAGCUUGAAGGACAAAAAUCAAAUAUCUCCUCUUCAACUUCUAGCCGAAAUGCCAACUGCAUUUGAGAGUGGAUUUCCCAUGGGCAUAUGUAAAAGACUCAUCUACUGCUGCCUUCCUGUUCCGAGUCCCUUCGAGGUAAAAUCAAAGGUAGAAAGUUGGUGCCAGACAAGGAAUACGGUGGGAGAUCCUGAGAGCGGUCAGGGUAGGAACUCAGGAGAUCUGGGGAGCAGCUCGGAGAGGAAUCAAAGAGGCGGCCUGCUAAACUAUUUAAAGAUCCUAAUUAAAGGAUGUUGGCUAGAAAGAAUCUGGAACGAGAAGAAAAGGCAUGUAUUUGCUUUGAGAUUCGCCAAAAGCCUAACAGAGCAAGAUGAGUCAUUGAAAGGUGUCACCAUAACAGUGGAAGAACAAAAUAAAGAAGAAAAUGAAGAAAAAGAAGAGCGAGAAAUGCGAGAAAAUACUUCUACAAAAGACACUGAAAGAGCUUCUGUAUCGAUAUUGUCAUCGUUAACUGCUAAAAAGGAGAUCCCAUUGUUUACUGCAACCAGAAGGGGAAUAGAAGAGAUUGUAGGACUGAUAAUAAAACUCCAUCCUUAUGCUAUGGACCAGCGCGAUGAAAUGAAUCGGAGCAUUUUGGAUGUGGCCAUCAUGUAUCGCCAGAAAAAGAUCUUCGAUAUUGUGAAGGAACAGAAGAUACCAAUGGCUAGAAUGCGUCGAUUUCUUGAUUAUAGCGGAAACAAAUUGUUGCACCAUGUUGCAGAUAUGAAGAAAAACAGUGGAGUAACCAAGCCUGGGCCUGCACUCCAACUUCAGGAGGAGUUGAAAUGGUUUGAGCGAGUGCAAGACGUAAUCCCUUCUUAUUAUGUCCCGCUUCUGAACAAAGAUGGAAAGACUGCAAAAGAGUGCUUCGAAAUAGCGCACGAGGAGCAACUGAACAAGGCACAAAUAUGGAUUAAGGAAACAUCACAGUCUUGUUCCACAGUAGCUGCACUUGUUGCAACUGUUGUCUUUGCUGCUGCCUAUACUGUGCCCGGAGGUUCUGAUGAAAAUGGCAAGCCCAUCUUCAUCAACUCUCCCUAUUUUCUGAUUUUCACUGUCUCUGAUGUUGUCUCCUUAGCAAGCUCCUUGACUUCGCUUGUG